AUGUCGCUCAACUCUGUAGUCAGCUCGCUCGUCCGGGCCGCAGCUGGAAUCUCGGCAGAUAUCAGCGACGCCGAGCUCGAUGCGCACGUAGCGAAGCUGCUGGCCGAGGAGGCCAAGGCGAGUGAGCUCAAGUGGAGUGAGCUGGGCUUGGGGGGAUUGCUGGGUACUGGACGAGACGCCCCUGACGCAAACGCACCGAAGCCCAACAAGCGCUUCCUCGCUAGCGUGAUCCGGACGGUGGAUGGGCACAACGCCGCUCUACUCAGAGACCAAGCUCGGACAGCUCGAGAUGCCCGCACAGGUCGGUACAGGGACGACAGCGACCGCGAGCGGGAGCGCGAGUCGACACGCCGCUCCUCACGGCCUUCAGGAAGCGGCAGCGGCGCAUCCAGCCGGCUCUUUGGCGGCGCGAUGAAGAGCCUGGGGAAGGAGGAGCGCGACGUCAAGAGCAAGGAGUGGAGGGAUGUCUACCGGCGGAGAAAUGAGAGGGAGGAAUCGAUUGAAAGGGAAGAGAAGGAGGGGAGGGAGUUUCGGCAUAAGUGGGAUCAACCAAAACCACGGCGUCGCUCGAGAGAUCGCGAUGAGACCAGCGCGGGACCAUCCGGCCCAAGACGGAGAUCUCGGAGGAUGUACGGCUAUUCGGAUGAUGAGGGGUCGAGCCGGGCAGGGGGAAGGGAGGAGGACGAAUUAGAUGAGGAGGCGUACAUGAACGUCAGCAAGCGCAAUCCAGACGGGUUGAGGCGGAAAGGCUGGGAUGGGUCGAGUCGAGGAGAGUCGAGUAGGCGAUACCGCGACGAGGAAAAGGAGGAUGGGGAGCGAGAGCAUAGAGAGAAUAGGCGGGAGCGGCGGAGGAAAGAGAGGGAAGCGAAAGAGAAAUCAGAGGGAAGGGGGGACGAGGAUGACAGGCGAGAUUGCGAGGAUGACCGAGGUCAUCGCUCCGGGAAGAAGCGGACAGAUGAGCGCAAGAGAAAGGAGAGGGAGGACGAGAGCGAAUCGGAUCGAGACUCGGCCGCCAGGCGGCGUCACCGGGACCAUCGACGAAACCGGUCGGGCAGCGAGGACGACCAUCGGAGUCGCUAUGAUCGGUCUCGGAACGGUGUACGGAGCGAUGAUGACCGGAACGCCGAUCAGCGUUCAUCUCGGCGGCCGGAGAGGACCCGGAAGGACUCGUCCGACCACGCCGACGACACCAUGUCCUCGCGGGGGGGUGAAGGGCGCACAGAGCGAGACGCCAUUCGCAGAGAUCGCGGGGACGAUGCCUCCCCAUCGUCCCAUCGCAAUGGAAGGCCAGAGAGCGGAGAGGAGGGACGAAACGGAGAAGAGGCGGGGGGAAAGAGGAAGGGCGAGGGCCGGAUCAGGGACGCGGCCAAGCUGUUUAGCGACGCCAUGCGCCAGGCUACACGGGGCCAGUCUCCCGGACACUCCGAUGCGGCGGAAACGAAAUCUUCACAUCUCACACCUGCCAAAUUGUCCGACAACCGAAACGAGGACGGUCCUGCGAUGGACAAACCAGCCUUCGUCGGGCUCCGCAUCCAGGGAGCUAGUCGACCAGUUGCGCCCGUCAAGAUUGAUUCACCCCCACCCCUGUCGGUAUCUCGCAGAGCGUCAUCUCCGCCUCUUACCAAGUCCACCCACACUUCCAAAUCAUCACCACCCCCAUCAUCACGUCCGGCCGCCUCCUCAUCUUCAUCUCGCUCGGUCAAACGUCCAUCUCCACCUCCAGCCCGGAAUGCCAAGCAUGCACCGCCUGCACCUCCCCCGCCUCCCCCACCUGCGGAAGCACCGCCAUCCCCACCUCCGCCCUCUCCCCCUCGACCAUCUCUUUCCAAGAUGGACCGGUACUUUGAUGGCUCCUACGAUCCCCGGUUGGACCUGGGCGAGGUACCGGCCGAGGGAAUGGUGGUCUCGGUAGGAUGGGACAAUAUGUUGUCUGUACUGAAGGACCGAGGGCGCAAGACCCGCCGAUCCCCCUCUCCCUCCUCCUAUGGCCCACCUCCUCCUCCCCGCUCCGCCCCACCUCGCUCCCCAUCACCCGAAACAGCCGCUCGCCGUGCCGCUCGUAAGGCCCGUAAGGCCCGCCUGGCGGAUGCAGACUCGGAGGACGAAAAGGACCGCGCGAGGCGGAAGGAGAAGAAGAAGCGGGAGAAGGAGAAGUUGGCAGAGUUCGGGAAGAGCCAGCGGGUCGGGGCGGUCGGGGGAGAGGGAGGUGGGGCGGAGGGGUACGCUUAUGUGCCGAAAGGAGGAAUUAGGGAGUGGGAUCUGGGGAAGUAG